GCGAGACUGAUUUUCUGGAAACAAAGAUGUCCCGCGCGCCGUCUCUCAAGAAAAGGAGAAGAACCCUAAAGAAGAAAGCAGAGGAGCUCUCCACCCUCUGCGGCAUCGACGUCGCCUACGUCUGCUUCGAUCCCAACGGCAGGGUGGACACCUGGCCGGAAGACCCAAACAGGGUCAAGGACAUCGUUCUCAGAUACAGAGAGGUCAAAUCGAAAGAGAAACCGUCCGCCGCCGGCGGCGGCUCCUCUGCUUCUUCCUCCGACGGCGGCGGCAGCAGCCGAGGCGAAAUCCAGGGAGCGGCGGAGACUGUUGGGGAACCGAAGCUGGAUGGGCUGUCGGAGGAGGAAUUGCUGGGUGGGCUUAGACUGGUGGAAGAGAAGCUGGAGAAGGUGAGGAGGAGAAUUGGGGUUCUGGAAGGCGAUGGGGAGAGCCGGAAGAAAAGAAGGCGGCGGAAUUGCGACCUACCUACACUGAAUUUGAUCGAUUUGGUGGGUUUGCCGCCGCGGCCGGCGAAUUCCGAAGCGGAGAAUCGCUGUUCCAGCAGUAUCGGGGCUAGUUCUUCCCGUGGUUCGUCGAUGGUUACUGGAACCCCUCCUCCUGAGCGAAGCAAUUCUGCAACCUCCGACCCCAAAUCGGAAUGGGGCACGCUGAUUUCGCUGUAAAAACCCUAAUUUUUCUUUUUUUUACCCAAUUGAAUGUGAAGAAUCAGUAGUAACAACAUCAGAAAAGGGUGAUUUUGUUGUAACCCUUUCCUCUCCUUUAUCAUUCUGUAAUUCGAAUUUUGAUGAAGUAAAUUCUCGAGCUCUGAAAUUUCACUAUAUACUACGCUUGGAAAGUUUGGGAAUCUAGGGUUGGGGACGAUGAUUCUGGAACAGAGGUUGACUUUGACUCUUAUAUCCUGAUAAAUUGAUAAUCCAGUAGAGAUUGGACUACUACUAGUCCUUUGUUGGGCUCUUGUUCCUGUCUUCUUCAGCACGCGAGAAGCCCAAUUUCGACGACUCAAGCAAGAAUGAUGAUGAUGGCGGCCCAACAAUGCCAGCCCAAAAAGGCCCAGGAACUCAGUUUUCCUUUUUUAGAACCGUAACGGGCUGGACUUUUAUCCAAUACGAAUAUAGUUCAUACUCUGCAGCAACGGCAGGGCCCAUCGAGUGAGCGAUUGUUGCCAACGGCCCAAAAGAGCAAAAAGAAGGGUUAUUGGAUAUUUGGAUUUUAUGCCCUCUAUUACCUAAAUUUUCUGUGCUUUUUAUGAUUUUUUUAGUAUUAAAAGGUAUCAAAUGUACCCUCCAUCUAAUUUCCUGCCGGUCCAUCAUUAUAUAUGAGCUGACUUGAUCAUUUCAAUUUGUCAUAACUCAUAACAUAUUGGUGAUCAUGAAUCAAGGAAAAUAAGCGUGUCGCUUAUUUAUAUAGCUUAUUAACAUCUUGUGUGCUAGCUACGUUCACGAAAAUGGGAGAACAAAUUUACAAUGUUGUGGAGUGGAGAGCAGUACAUAUAUAGAUUACAAAUACAAAGUUCAACAUUGACAAGUACCCACUGUUAGUGUUGUGGUAUAUGAUCCAUGAUUGAACCUCUUCCAACAACUCGAGUUAUUGGGAUCAACUGGUUUUUGACAUGGUAUCAGAGCCUUCUGUGACUGAGAGGUCUUGUGUUCGAUUCCCGGUGACCCCCAUUUAUGAAGCACAUGGUAUUCUUGUCUUCAGACCUGUGCAAACUUCAAGUCCUUGUGAUCCAUGAUUGAACCUCUCCCAACAACUCGAGUUAUUGGGAUCAACUGGUUCUUGACACCCACCACUAAUUAUUAGAGUGUUAAUUGUAAAACCCUUCUCCAAACUCUUAACGAAAUCAAACCACUUGACUUUCUUCUUAUUUUUAGUGAUCACGGGUUUCAUUUCACUCUUAGUCAUCACUUUCUCAUGUAGUCAAGAACACAAAUUAUAGAGCUUAAUAAUUAGUAGCAUAUUGUAUUGGAAAAAACUGAACAAAGGUAUCAAAAUUGGUGGCAUGGGAUUGGUGCACUUAGAUUCCUAUGACCAGGCAAGCUGCCAUUAACAAAAGACAUGCAGUGCUAAUAAUGCUAGCUAGGAGCUACAUAGGAAGUGGGGAGUAGUACAUAUAUUAUUAUGUUCUCGUCGUUUACUGCACUGUCACUGCAUGUUCUCAUCUUCAAAAAGUCGAGUAGUUAUAGAAAAAAGAUGCUGAUUAAUUAAGCUACUGAAAUUAAAGUACUGUUUUAUCUCUUUACAAGUUGCAGCACGACGCAGCAAAUUCUGGAGAUGAUUCUUUUAUUGCUGAUCGAUGGUACUUUCGUACUUGUGGGUGUUGGAGUGGACUAGGGUUCAAAAAUGGUAUAUUUUCGCUAAUCAAUCUCCAUUCAAAAUUAUAUCAAACUCGGAUUUUUCUUACGGUUCAACCUAUUCGACUACUUCUCUUAUGAGUGUCACAAACCAGUUGGGUCCCAAUAACUUGAGUUCUUAUACCACUCUCUAAUACGCCCCCUCAAACGAAAACCAACACACGGGCUUCAAGUUUUCAUGUCGGGCCAUCAUACCUUGUGCUUUUUUUAAUCAACUGUUAAUAUUGGG